AUGCUGGUUACGGUAAAAAACCAAUCGAAGGAGUGCCCAAGCACCGCAAGAGCUCAACGAGAACCCCCGAGCAUUGAAGAAAGAGCUCCUGAGAAAAAAUCUCGAACAGCAGAGAAGGUAACACCUCUCAAAGUAACACUGGCAAGAUUGAGUCUGAAAAGACAGGUGGAGGCACUAUUAACCAAAGGCGAAUUGGCCAACUACCUAGCCAACACAGGCCAACAGAGACAAUCUCGGAGAACCAGGUCAGCUCCGAAGGCUGCAGUAGACAAUAAACCCAUUCGAUUUAUCAAUAUGAUCUAUGGUUGUUCGGAAGAAGACGAACAGCCAAAAAAUUCCUACAAGAUUCAACUCAAACAAGCUCAUAAGCUACGAAGGGUCGGUGAGAUCAAUGUAAUCAAAUGCAAGCUGAGCUCUGCACAGAUUUCCUUUUAUGAAGAAGACCUAAAAAGAGUACAGCACCCACAUAAGGAUCCACUAGUGAUCAACCUAUUGGGAGCAAAUUGUUUAGUCAGGCGCGUACUCAUUGACCCUGGCAGCAGUUCCAACAUCAUAACAAAGUGGACAUUCGACCAAUUGAAGCUGGCUUUAGAUCAGGUCCGUCCCACUGGGAACCCCUUGGUACGGUUCGAUGGAAGAAGGGUAGAGCCCAUAGGCGUAAUCACGCUAUCAAUCACUACAGCCAAAAGAACCUUGAAAGAAAACUUUGUGAUUGUAGAUUUCCACCCAACAUAUAACCUGCUAACAGGUUGA